AGCUCAUAUAUAAGCAAUCAAGGAAGCGCUACAGACAUAGGUUAUAAAUCUAUAUUCUGCAACAGAGAGUGCACAAGGUCAAAAUGCGGCAAUGGUCUCAGUGACGAAAUGCGUUGCUUGCGCGAUAACGCGGCGCAUUUUUUCUCAUUAUCAAGGUGUCAGCUAUUUAAGACGUGAUGUUACUUCCCAGUUCACAAUAAGACAGCAUUGAUAGCACAGUGUCUGCAGUGAUUCCACUAUUUUUUAUCAAAGCGAAUUUCAAGCGUUUAUCAGAGUGUAUUUAAUUAUCUUUGAUAUCACAAAUAUUUUGUUAUUGUUUUCUGUGUAAACACUUUUUAUGAAUAUUACUACAGUUUAUUGAAGUGUUUAGAGCAUUUUGACAAAAUGAGUGGUAGCUUCAAUCCUACAGAUCACCAGCAUGUACGAUACAAUCCUCUCAAGGGAGAAUGGAUUUUGGUUUCUCCUCACAGAAUGAAACGACCUUGGGGUGGACAGGUGGAGCCGAGCAACGAUGAAGAGAUUCCUGACUAUGAUCCAAAGAAUCCACUCUGUCCUGGAAAUACUCGAGCUAAUGGAGAUGUAACUCCAAACUACGAACGUACGUAUUCUUUUACAAAUGACUUCCCAGCACUUCUGGAAAAUGUACCAAAUCCUCCAGAGUACGAUGAUGAGCUGUUUCAAAUGGGUCCUGCAAGGGGUACUUGCAGAGUCAUGUGUUUUCACCCAAAGUCAAACGUAACAAUAGCUCUUAUGAAGGUUGACGAGAUUAGGGAAGUAAUCAAGCAGUGGAUCAAUGAAAUGAUAGAAUUGGGAAAGAAGUGGACUUGGGUACAAAUUUUUGAAAAUAGAGGUGCUCUGAUGGGUUGCAGCAAUGCUCAUCCACAUUGCCAAAUUUGGGCCAGUUCUUUCUUGCCUAAUGAGGCUAGAAUUAAGGAUCAACAAUUGAGGGAUUACUUCAGUCGCCAUAAAGUACCUCUACUCUUCAAAUAUGUGAAAAAGGAAAUUGCAAAAAAAGAGAGGAUAGUCUUAGAAACACGUGAAUGGGUUGUUCUUGUACCUUUUUGGGCUGCCUGGCCUUAUGAGACUAUGAUUUUACCAAAAAGACAAGUUACAAGGAUGCAAGAGUUAACAGAUGAUGAACAAGAAAGUCUAGGAGCAGUUAUGAAAACUCUGUGCACAAAGUAUGACAAUUUGUUUCAGUGUUCAUUCCCAUAUUCCAUGGGCUGGCAUGGAGCCCCUACUGGUCCAGAUGUUACAGAGGAGUACAAGCACUGGACUUUCCAUGGAAUAUACUUACCACCAUUGCUUCGUUCUGCAACAAUAAAGAAGCACAUGGUGGGAUAUGAACUUUUGGCACAGGUUCAAAGAGAUUUAACUGCUGAACAAGCGGCCGAGAAAUUGAGAAGUGUACCUUCGUUUCACUAUAAAUAUCCGGAUACAAGCUUAUCAUCUGAAGAAUUGUCAAAAUACAUUUAGAAUUAUCAAUUGGUUUACAAACAACAGGGCCAAAAAUAUUGUAUCAUACUUUUGUGUAAUUAACUUAUAGACUAGUAUUUACAAAAUUGUACAAAGUGUAAUAUAAAAGUAUUCUGGCAACUCUGAUCCAUUCAUUAAUAAAUAGGAAAUUCGGGGUCUAUGUUGCGAGUCCAUGCGUGAAUUCCUCCAGCUAUGU